UCCUCCCCGCGGGGCCCCCCGUGACAGCUGAAGGGUGUGCAGCGGAGGGGACGGGGGUCCAGGCGGCGCAGGCCACACACUCGACGCGGGCGCUACCCGCCCCUCCCCCACCGGGCUCGGCACUAUUUUGGGUGGUGUAGACCCCGCCCCCACCUUCGAGUGCGCCCGGGCUCUGCGGCAGCUGGAGGGGUGCCGCUGCGCCAGCUGGGGCCGCACCUCGAGCCGGGGCCGCCGGCGGGUCUGCAGCCAUGUCGGGCCGCUCGGUGCCACAUGCCCACCCGGCCACCGCCGAGUACGAGUUUGCCAACCCGAGCCGCCUGGGCGAGCAGCGCUUCGGGGAAGGCCUCCUGCCAGAAGAGAUCCUGACCCCCACCCUCUACCAUGGCUACUAUGUCCGGCCCCGGGCCGCCCAAGCUGGGGAGGGCAGCAGGGCAGGGGCCUCUGAGCUUCGGCUCAGUGAGGGCAAGUUCCAGGCGUUUCUGGAUGUGAGCCACUUUACCCCCGAUGAGGUAACCGUGAGGACUGUGGACAACCUACUGGAGGUGUCUGCCCGGCACCCCCAGCGCCUGGACCGCCAUGGCUUCGUGUCCAGAGAGUUCUGCCGAACCUACGUCCUGCCUGCUGAUGUUGACCCCUGGCGGGUCCGCGCCGCUCUCUCCCAUGAUGGCAUCCUCAACCUGGAGGCGCCUCGGGGUGGCCGACAUUUGGACACAGAGGUCAAUGAGGUCUACAUCUCCCUGCUCCCUGCACCUCCUGAUCCAGAGGAAGAGGAGGCAGCCAGUGUUGAGCCCUGAGUGCCACAGACCCAGCACCCUUUCUAGCUCCCGCGGUGAUAGGACUAGCUGCUCACCACCCCAGAGGUAGCAGCAUCCUUGGGGGAAGGGAAAAGUGCAUGGUCACAAUGUAUGGUUUGGUCCCUUGGGACGUGUCAUAGUGUUUUCAUUUAGUUUUGGGUGGAGCUGAAUAAACCCAAAU